ACAGUCAUAGAAUGUUUGCGACCGCCUGACAGUUAAUCUUCACAGGUGUCAGGUGAAUUAAAGUUUCAGUCAUGUGCGUUUUCGGGUCACAUUAACUUCGUUCGGCUUCGUUCAGCUUUUAAACGCCGCGCAGAGCAAAACGAGGCUGAUCAAAAAAAAAAAAAAAAAAACCCUGUCCUGAAGCGAAGUUGCUCAAAAAUCACCAACCCUGGUCAAUAUUUACAGAAGCAGGUUAGUGAUUAACUGUCCUCGGCUGCAGCAGCUGCACAGAGUCCCAUCACUCAGGGAGCGAGCACCGGUCACUGUGUCCGCUUCACAAUGCUGUGCGUUCGGAUUUGGAGGGGUCUGAGCAGAGGGGGUCGCUGGACGGCAUGGAAACGGACCCAGAGCCACGCUGCCGCUGCCAGGCUGGACAUCAGAGGGAUCUAUCCCCCCAUUGCCACCCCGUUUACCGCCAAGGAGGACGUGGACUACCACAGACUGGAGGAAAACCUGCAGAAAUAUGCCAAGAUACCGCUUAAAGGUCUGGUGGUUCAGGGCUCCAACGGUGAGUAUCCGUACCUGACGGAGGAGGAGCGGGUGGAGGUGGUGAGGACGGUCCGACGCUCCCUGCCGGCGGACAAACUGCUGAUGGCCGGAUCAGGCUGUGAAUCCACCAGAGCCACAGUGCAGCUCACGGAGAAGAUGGCGGCGGCUGGAGCCGACGCUGUCCUGGUGGUAACUCCCUGCUUUUACAAGGGAAAGAUGGACGGCUGCGCUCUCAUCCAGCACUUUACAAAGGUGGCGGACCACAGUCCCGUGCCGGUGGUGCUGUACAGCGUUCCUGCCAACACUGGGCUGGAGCUGCCUCUGGAUGCUGUGGUGCAGCUGUCUCAGCAUCCAAACAUCGUGGGCCUUAAAGACAGCGGAGGAGAUAUCACACGGAUCGGCCUGAUUGUUCAUAAAACCAAAACACAGGAUUUCCAGGUGUUGGCGGGCUCAGCGGGAUUUCUCAUGACUGCCUAUUGUGUCGGUGCAGUUGGCGGAGUGUGUGCGCUUGCUAACGUGCUGGGCCCGGAGCUGUGCGAGUUGGAGCGUCUGUGUGUGUCCAGUCGCUGGGAAGAAGCCAGAGUCCUGCAGCAGCGCCUCAUCGAGCCCAACGCCGCCGUGACCAGGAAGUUGGGAGUUCCCGCCCUCAAGCAGGCGAUGGAGUGGUUUGGUUUCCACGGUGGCGCCUGUCGAUCACCUCUUCAGCCUCUCACAGAGGCUGAAACCCAGCAGCUGAGGCGGGACUUCACCUCCAACGGAUGGCUGUGAGGUGACCCAGGCAGUGUGUGUGUGUGUGUGUGUGUGUGUGUGUGUGUACAUCAUCAACAGACCCCCACCCCCCACCCCCACCCUCCCAAUAAUAUCAAAAAUCUAAUCGUGCUCUGGUAAAAAUAAUUAUUCAUGUUCCACAAUCAUCAGAAAAAGCCUGAAUCACCAAUUUAAAUGAAUUAGUACAAAUUUAAAUUUUUUAAUUUAGUUCUCUUUACUCCACACUAAAAGAAAUCACAGUCGUUCCAUCAAGUUGCUCGUUUGCUGCAGUGGAACAGGACAAACAUUCUGUAAAGUUGGAGAAAUGUUAGAAAUAAAACUCUGUAUUGAGUUGUUUUGACAAUAAAAUUGUAUUUUACUUAAA